CGAACAGGGCCUAAGAUGACAUUCAUCAGCGAAUUUUCCCACCGCUCAGCAGUGACCUCGUUCCCGUCCUCCUCGCAUCCCUCUCGUCCGCCGCCGCCUGGCUCGCGCCGCCGACAGUUUCUCGGCCCAGAUCGAGACACGCCCGCCAUCCUACACCAGGUGCCGAGGCCUUCGCCGAUCAAAGAGAUCCCAGACAGCAGCUAUCUAGUCAGUGGAUCAUUUGACCAGGCGGUGUUGACUGCUUUAUCCGUCGCCGAUGAAAUACACAUGGCUUCUUUGGAGAGCGCUAGCGACCAGGAUGAGCUCCUGGAGAUGCUUGAAUCGGCUGGGAUGGUGCUUGUGCAGGCACUAAAAGAACUCAGGAGGGCCUCUGAGAUGUUUGCUCAGCUUAAGAUGAUGUUUGGUUCAGUGCCAUCAGUGCCUGCUAGAGUUUUCCUUACAGGAGCUACCAUUCAAAUGGCAGAAGGAUCUAUAUCUGACCUCAGACCAAUCUUUGAGGAGUACCUUGCCAAUUGGAGAUAUACGGAUGAUGAGGUUUAUGUUUUUGAUGGAGGAAAUGACAGCACUUCAAAUGGUUUUGUCGUUAAAUCUAUUAUGUCAACUGGCCAGUAUUUUGAGGUGGCAGAAUUGUAUACAGUAACAUUCCUCUGUAUUGUCUCUCAAGAUAGUGAAACUGCUAUCUCAUGGGCAGAAAAGGCUCAUCUAACUGAGCAAAGCCGGCAGGACCUACUAAAAAAGCUUCAUGCAGUGCAAUUAGCUGCAAAUAAAAAACUGUCCACUGUUGAAGGGGUAAAACAAACAGCAGAGAGGAACCUUUCUACUUCUACAAAUGACUCAACACCAUCGCCACAUGAGGAUCCUCCAAAGAUAGUUCCUGCGUGCGAUGGGCUCAAAAAGGUCCUGCUGAAGUCUGCUCAACAAGCUCAGCAUGUUGCAAAUCAUUUUGAUCCGUUUUUCUGGUGGUUUCAUUCAAUUCGCCUGAAGUUUGGGAAAAUACAUAUUGUUCUACCCAGUGGUAAGUUAGUGUUUCUGUUCUCUCUGCUGUUCUCAGCCAUGUACGUGCUGCGAAGGAAAACUGCUGGCUUGAAGAGGGCUGUGUUCCAGCAAGCUGCUUCCCUGCGACGAGCAUUUUUUGAUGCACUUCAGCUUGCGUUCUCUGUCCAGAUGAACCCUCUAGCUGCUGUUCAACAAGUGCCACAAGCCCCUCGAGGAAGCUGGUGAUUGGUGAUGUUCUUUAUGCCUUGAUCUAUGUAACAUUAUAACUCAACUGAAAUUCAACAGGCAACCAGAUUUCAUGUCGCGGAAAAUGUGGCUGUGUAAAUACUAGUGUGCUUAAUGCAGCAUGAAUGUGAUGAUGACCUGGGUUUUUUUGUGUCCA